GUAGGAAGCAGCAGAGCUGAGCGCCACAAGUUGAGAGAGAAGAGUCCAUUUUUUAUCCGAACGAAUGGCGACGCUCUCCCACUCCUCUUCGUCACUCCGCCGCCGCCAUUUCCACUCUCCCUCUUCUCCUCCUUCUGUUCACUGCUCUCUCCGCUCCGUCGCCUCUCUUCCGGUGCUGCCCCCAACAAGACCCGAAAUCCCCUUCCUGUCCUACUCUUCCUCCUCCUCCUCCUCCUUCUUCCAACUCCUCCAUCAGCCCAUUCUCCUCUUCGCCGGAUUCGACGGCCCUCUCGACACCCAGACCUUCCUCGCCACCAUCAGCGUCUUGGCCGCCAUUUCUCUCUCUCUCUUUCUGGGUCUCAAGGGAGACCCUGUUCCUUGUGAGAGGUGUGCUGGCAAUGGGGGGACAAAAUGUGUCUUCUGUAAUGAUGGUAAGAUGAAGCAAGAAACAGGCUUGGUUGACUGUCGGGUAUGCAAGGGCGCAGGUAUUUGAAGUAAAUCCAUUUUCAGGCAAGGAACACCUAGGGUUGAUACUCUGCAAGAAAUGUGGAGGCUCGGGAUAUUCAAGACGCCUUUGAGCUGCACAAAUUUUGUACCACCACUGCUGUGUACAUAAGAGGGGGAGAAAGGAAAGGGAAAAAGAUUUGUUUUUCACAUAUUGAUGCCUCCUUUGGUUCUUUAAUCUAUUCUUCAAUUACUACAAUUCUAUAUGCGUAGAAUGAUCAGCUAGCCAAGUCAAUGUAAUUUUGCUUUUCCAUUUGAAAUUAUUAAAUUGGCGUUCCCAUACAUGAUUCACCAUAAAAAUGGAGUCGUGUGGUUUAAUCUAAAUAUUUGAAUUGGAACUUGAAUAUUUUGUUUUCUUAGUUUUUCUCUCACAUCUUAAAUGUCUGUUGAACUUGAAUUUCUGCCAAAGAAGUUAUAAAAAUCUUUGGUCCCAUAAGAGUAUUAUUAUUGGUUCAAGCAUUCUACAGUCUUAGGAGCCCUU